AAUCAGUGCAUCGACAUCGUUUCGCCUAUAAACAAUAAAGCGUGUUAGUGUUUACGAAUUCAAUCGUGUUGCAGUGUAUAAUAUAGUUAUUGAACUUUUUUUGUAAUUCAGUCUCACCUUAGAAGCGCGUCUAAAUUAACGUUUGUAAUUAGAAAAGUGGUGCGGGUUAAAGGAUUGCACAGUAUUGUGCGGACGGCGUGGCAACCCUAUUAGUGCGUGAAAAAAGGCCCUGAAAUUCGAGUCGAUACUAAUCAGGUGGUGAAACUGAAUUUUUCGUACUCGCUAGUUGCAAGUGAAAAAUAAUGGGUAUUUCCAUCUUUAAAAAUUCUGGAGAAACGUAUGAAGUCAACAGUUGCAAGAGGAAUUAUUUGGUGAAAUGCAAAAGUGCCGUGACCUGUUUUUUCCAACACAUAAAAGACCGCCAUGACCUGAAAAUGCUCCGUUACUCUGAGAUACCAAGAGAUAUUUCUGGAGACAGUCUUGCCACUCUCAAAAUAUCUGAGAAUUCAGAUGAUAUUAUCCCGACUACACAUUGUCAUGUGACUAAUCAACCGACUGACAAUAAUUCACACAAUGGUUGUGUUGCAAAAACCUCAGAUAGCAUACGUAGAAAAAGUUCAGCCCCCAUAGUAUCUAGCGGACCUGGACCAGCAGGCUGCUACUACAACUAUGGAAACUGCCUUACAUCUGUACCUGUUCAUGCCAAGACUCAAAGUCUUCCGAACCGUGCAUGCCACAACGCUUGUCAUCAGAACUAUAGCUGUGCCGUUUUCGACAUACUCAGAAUCCCAGCUGAAGAUUUCGCCGCUCAAUUAACCAUAUUGGACUGGCCGGUUUUCUUCAACAUCCAGCCCGAUGAGUUAACUAGUUGCGGAUGGAAUAAGAAGAACAAGCUCAAUGUUGCGCCAAAUGUUGUGGCUUUUUCUAGACGAUUUAAUCAUGUAAGUUUUUGGACAGUACAAGAAGUUCUUGCAGGAGCGACUGUAAAACACCGGGCGGAGACUCUCGCCUUCUUUAUUAGGAUAGCGAAGAAAUUAUAUGAACUUAAUAAUCUGCAUUCGCUUUUUGCAGUUAUAUCUGCCUUGCAAAGUGCUUCUGUUUAUAGAUUAUCAAAAACAUGGGGUUCCCUACCAAAGAAAGAUAAGCAAACAUUUGAUAAAUUGGCUGAAGUAUUCUCAGAUGAAAAUAAUUGGGCAAACUUGAGAAGUCAUAUUGAAAGUCUUAAAUUGCCUUGCAUCCCUUAUUUAGGUUUGUAUUUGACUGAUUUGGUCUACAUCGACAUGGCGCAUCCGCACUCAGGAGGCCUGGAAUCUCAACAACGAUUGUUCAAAAUGAACAACAUACUCAGAAUAAUUUCGAAUUAUCAACACUCAGACUACUCACAUCUCACUCGAAUUCCUCAUGUUCAGGAUUAUUUAAACUCCAUUAGGUAUAUUGAAGAGUUGCAGAAGUUUGUCGAAGACGACCAGUACAAAUUAUCAUUAACUUUGGAACCACCUAGCCCGGCUCCUAGCUCAUCAAAUAAUAGUUCUAAAGAAUCGGUUGUAUUGGAUCCAGUUGCGUUGGCUUCGCUCAAUCUGUCGCCCGCUAAAGCGUCUUCAGGCUCUUUGCGUCUGCAGGCCGUCACUGCGGGCAGUAAAUUCAUUCCUGGGCAUAGAAAAUGCAGGAGUUUGGGAACAAAAUUUCGUAGCACAAGUCUUCCUCGAAAUUUUCACAAAUUAGGGUAUCACCCCUCAAUGGUGCUACCAUUUAGUAUAUUUACGAAAUCAUAUCAAGUUGGCAGUUUUGAUCCAAAGGAAGUUCCCAAAACUUUGAACCUUCUGGACGACUCCGUUUUAGAAGACUCGAGAUUGACCGGUUUGCGUCGUAACAACUUGCCAUCACCUAAUAGUGAUUUGCCACUUCAAGCAUCACAAAGCACUGAAGAUAAUUGUACUCUGCUAACAAGAUUAUCUGAAGACGAAAUAACAUCAGAAGAGAGUUUGUGUUCACUGCAAGGUUGUGUUAGACGGAAGACUGUACUUAAAGAAGGCAGAAAGCCGACUGUUUCAUCGUGGCAGCGAUAUUGGGUUCAACUUUGGACUGGCUCUCUAAUAUAUUUUUCUCCAAAAUCCUUCAAAGGACAAGAAAGAUCUGAUUUUAAACGUGAUCCUUGUAAAAUGGUCUCUUUAUCUGGGUGUCAAGUUUUCUAUAAUGAUGGCAUGCUACAUCAGGACUCGUUUCAAUUAGUCGACCAUAUCAGAGGUAACGUCUAUAAGUUUCGAGUUGGUACAAAACAUUUAGCCGAACGGUGGUGCCUCCUUCUUCAGCAGGCUGCCAAUGGAGAGCCCACUCCUUUACCCAGUAAUCUGAUGUCUUUCGAGUGAUAAUUUUUUUUGUUUAUGUUUAGGUUUUUUGUAUAUAUUUUGUUAUUACGUUUUCCACAUUUGCUAUGUCAGUUUUCUUAUGGUUUCUAAAAAUAAACGAUUUUUAUAUUUUGUCAAUAUUCAAAAUACA